UGUCUGUACCGGAAACAAGCACAGCUCAUAUGUUUCACAACCUGCCCAAAACUCAGCCAGCCAUCUUUUGUGAAAAAUAAUUUUUUUCGUGUCGUCAGGGUAAAUUUCUUAAUUGUAAUUAAUGUCAGAGCCACAGUCUUCGCUUUUGUUAAAAAAGCAAUUAGCAGAACUGAACAAAAAUCCAGUAGAAGGAUUUUCUGCUGGGUUGAUAGACGACAAUGACAUAUACAGAUGGGAAGUUCUUAUUAUUGGGCCACCGGACACAUUAUAUGAGGGUGGAUUUUUUAAGGCACAUUUAUAUUUUCCUAAAGAGUAUCCUUUGAGACCACCAAGGAUGAAAUUUGUGACUGAAAUUUGGCAUCCAAAUAUUGAAAAGAAUGGUGAUGUUUGCAUUUCAAUAUUGCAUGAACCUGGUGAUGACAAAUGGGGCUAUGAGAAAGCAUCUGAGCGAUGGUUGCCCGUGCACACUGUGGAGACAAUCCUGAUUAGUGUUAUCUCAAUGCUGGCUGACCCCAAUGACGAGAGCCCUGCUAAUGUAGAUGCUGCGAAGGAAUGGCGAGAGUCAUAUUCGGAGUUUAAACGAAAAGUAGCACAGUGUGUGAGAAAGAGUCAAGAGGAUUGUUCCUAAAUAACAGUGCCCUUUUUCAUUGAUUUGUUUGGAUAGUGAGUGUUUGGUGAUGCAAUAGGGUGUCCGUGUGGGUGUCCAGUCACAUACAGCGACUUAUAAAGUGCUUGCCCUACCAUCUGGGCCAGAGACAAUAUUGAAAUUGAAUUAUAACAAAUACUUAUUGUAAUUAAAUGGUAUCGCUGCCGUAUUAUAAUAAUAAAUUUAAAGUAGAACUCGAGGUCUUUUUCAUCUUUUUUAAGACAUGAUAGCUAGCUAUUGUUAUAUAAAUAAAAUGUGUAUAACUUUUUUUAUAGAAAACGCGUCUGCAUUUGUUCUUUCAAUUAAAAUUUAAAAUUCAAGUGUGAUCUCUUUCUAGUUAAAACCAAAUCAAAAAUAUUAAUAAAUAAUUUAUUUUUGUCACGAAUGUAUGACUCCAAACCGACAAUAUUGCAAACGCUAAUUAAAACAAUUCAUUAAUCUGUUAAUUUUGAGUUACCUUAAAGCAAUCCGUUGAUAUUGAUUGCUCACAACUGAUUCAUUUUAGUUUUUUAACCUAGUAUUAAUUUUUUAGUAAAUCGUUGCUGUAAUAUGAUUUCAAUAAUAUAUCUUAUCAAUUUGCCCAUAUAAUUGCACCUUGCCCAUAUGUUGCACUUGUUCAUAGAACAAUGGAAUUCAUGUAGUAUAUAUAUAAAAACUGUUUAAAAAUUUAAUUAAGAUUGUAUUACAGGCAUAACACUUGCUUUUUGAAGUUUCAAACAAAAUUGUAAGUGCAAGAAUAAUAUUUUAUCAAAGAAUGGGCUUUAGUAAGAAUAAUGUAAUAAUAAUGUAUCAUCUUUUUUUGUAGGGUAACAGAUAUUUAUUUCUUUUGUGUUGGUAAUAUUUUGAAUUAAAUUUUUCAAUUGGGAAUGGUUCCUGUGACAAUGAUCAAAUAUAGCAAUACUAUAAAUAAAUUUAUGUUAUGUGUAUGUUUACUGCAUAACAUAUAACACCCUGAUAUGUUGAUUUGUAAGGUGUGUACAAUAUUUUAUCUGUAUGUAUAUUUU